AUGAUUUCAUCAGUGAUUGCGGAUAUCGACACCAAGCUGAUAAUAACCGUGGCAGAUGAGCAACUGGCGAAAUGUCCAAGACUGCGAGACGAGCAGACAAUUGCCGCAGAGAUCAUCGAUGAAAUUGACAGCACCAGGGAUGACGUCGCCGAGAGACUCGAACCCGUAUUGCUAGUGUCAGGGACCUUCCGGAUAACGAUCGGUGAGAGGGAAUACUCGAACACCAAGGCCGAAGCCAUUGAACCAACCGCCAAGAAUAUCGACGAAAUCGCCGUACUGGAUACCGUGACAAUCGCCUGGGACAACGUAUCGACAUCGGAGUCCAACAGCAAGAUCGACAAGAAGGUCGACAAACUCACAACGAAGCUGGACGGACAGACCAUCACGAAGAUGAGCGAGAAGGUCGACAGAGCUGAGCAUUGCAAAGUCGACGCAGACGAGAACGGGAGAGUUGAAGCCAUUGCGAAGACCAAGAAAUUCGAAGAAAGCUCCACAAUGGGUAAGUUUAACUCCUUUCAGAAGUUUUAG